AUGAAUUCAACUACUAUUGUAUCAAUGCAAACAUCGAUUUCGAACUCAUCUACUAUAAAUACUGAACCAUGGUUUAUUCCUCUCGAUAUUAUCAAUAUUAUAUUUCUUAUUCUGGUGAUAAUACUAGGUGUACUAUUUUUAUUUAUUAUUAUAAUUGAUAAAACAUGUCACACAGUUCCCGUGAUGCUUGUUGCUAGUUCAUGUUUAGCUAAACUUCUUUUUGCAAUUGAUUUAUUAGGCAUGCUGAUAUGGUCACUCAAAAAUGAUCUCAAACAAAUUGCAUAUCAAGAUUCACUCUGUGUUUUUCGAGGCUACUUCAUGCAUGCUGCGAUUGCUGCACAGUUCGGUUCUUAUUUAUUACAAGCAAUCUAUCGGUAUAUAACAGUUAUUUAUCCAACACGACUUUUCUGGCAAUCAAAACAGUUUCAAGGUUUUCUCAUCGGUUUAAUAUGGGUAUGUGCCUUUAUAUUUGCUACUCCACAUGUUGUUACUGGUGAAAUUCAAUACAAUGCUGACAAUCAGAUAUGUGAAACACCGUUUCAUUUGUCUCUUAUAAUUAUUUAUAAUAUCAUUUAUGUUUAUUUCAUACCACUGAAUGGUAUUAUGUUUAUUUAUGUCAAACUAAUUCUGUAUGUAAAAGAAAUAAACAAACGUGUGACACCAGUGAAUACUGUAUCUCGUGCACAACGAGAACUAAAAAUGGUUCAUCGAAUCGUUAUACUUGUAUCCAUAUUAUUAAUAUUGGGUGUACCUUAUACAAUCUUCAUCUUUAUCGGAUUUUUCACUCAACCACCAAAAUAUCAUUUACGUAUUGCUACUGCAUUUGUUUAUAUCGCAUUACUAUUUAUUAUGAUUACUUUAUUUCAAUUCACUGAUCCGGUGAAGACAUAUAUCAUAAAAAAACUAAAGCGACAAUCAAACAUAGUUGCAACAAUAACCAUGCAAAUGGUUGAAGUUAGAUAA